AUGGCCUGUUUUAAUUCUACCUCAAGUCCCUGGAAUAGGACGGAUGAGAAAAGCUAUUAUCAUGCUGCAUACACCCAGGCCAUGAAGAUCAUCUGCCCUCUUGGCAUUGUCAUCUCCCUCCUGGGGCUGGGGGGCAAUGGGCUCGUCCUCUUCUUUCUGGUCUGUACUGUCAAGCGCGACAGCUUCUCUGUCUUUCUUUUUCACUUGGCCCUGGCUGAUUUUAGCCUCCUCGCCUGUCUGGUAGUGGAUUUUAUGGGAGAAAUAUUUGCAUAUUUUCAUAACAUCUGUUUUCCUCUUCCAUACUUGAACUUGUUCUUUCUCAUAUCCUACGUAGCAGGGCUCUGCUUGGUGGUCGCCAUCAGCCUGGGCCGCUGCCUGUCCGUGUUCUUCCCCAUCUGGUACCGACUGCACUCUCCGAAGUACACGUCCACCAUCGUGUGUGUUCUGACCUGGGUCUGGGCCAUUUCCAUAAGUGUGCUGGGGAGAAUGUUUUGUGACUAUGACUUAAUAGAUAACAAACUUUGUGGACCACUUUUUAAAUGGUUUUGUCUGUUUAUCAUCGUUAUUCUGUCUGCAACACUACUGUGCACUGUGAUUAUGCUGCUGAAAAUCAAGUGCAGCUCCCGGGUGCGUCCACCCCGCAAGCUGUACAUCGCUGUGGCCCUCACAGCUGUGUCCCUUGUAAGUCUGGCCCUCCCUAUGUUGGGACCCUUCCUCCCUGAUAACCCCCACAUCCCCUAUGAUAACAAGCUUAUAUCACUGUUCUCCUGUGUGAACAGCAGUGUCAACCCCUUGGUUUAUUACUUUGCAGGGAGAAUGGGGAGGCAGAGGCGCCACCUACGCUUAAGGGAAGUUUUCCAGAGGGCCAUGGGGGAGGAGGUGGACCCCUCUUCUGGUGCCUCUGGUCACUCCACCUGA